UGUUUUACCUGACAGAUAAAUGAGGAAAUUGAUAUGUUAUAUACACAGUAAAUUGUUGAAAUUGGAACAUGUAGUCUGAAAACCCCCCAAACCUGCUAGGUACCGUAGAUAUUGUACACACAACCUGUGUGUACCACGCUUGGCACUACACGAAAAAAAAAGUAAUUUUAAUUUAUUAUUCUGACGUGGAAAAAUAGAAAUGUGAAACGCUAUGAAUAUUAUGCAUAGUACUGAAGGUCUGAGAGAGUUAACCGCGUUAGUUACACUUAAGGAUGGUCUUAGGAUAGACCUGUAAAGAAGACAGAUACGAGUCGUGAUAGGAGAGUUCUUCUACCAUUAUUUGUAAUUAAGCUUGUGGUUACAUUAAGUGCAAUCAGCAGUAACAGCUGCUAUUAAGGAGAAAUACCGGAAGUGCAGUUCGUGAGCUUCCAUUUAUUUACGCAGAUUAAUACUCAGUGUUUGGAUGUACCUACGACGAUUAUCUUCACCAGAAGUCUACUGUAACAUUGCACAUAGCAAGUCAUCGGUGUUUGUAUUUAUUUCAGCGGCGCGUUGGAACAUUCCGUCAUACUGACAACUUUAAAAAACAUGUUGUGCAUGACAUUUUAAGAGAGUGUUAAAAUCAGAAGGUGGUAUAGCUUGAUUUCUCUAUAUCUCGGAUUUUUGAUUAUGUGACAUCAACGGAAAGUGUUUGAUUUCAUGAUAUAAAUCAAGAUAGAUGAUUAUAUGACUAUUUUAUUUAAGUCUACAGAUUUGUGAUGACGUGAUAGCAGCGAAAUUCGUUUAUUUUUUUCCCCGCCGGCGAGUUCUACGCAGCAGCGGUCGGUGGUUAUUGCGAUGAAUAGUGGUUUAUUUUACAUGUGUAAACAGACCGGGAACACUACAAUGGAGUUAUUACUAGUGUAUUUAAGCCUUGUUUUAACCCUUUUCGGGAUAGGAACGGCAGGGCCUGUGUAUUUCGUCAGCACUCCCAGUGUUCUACGUUUCAAUUCCAUAGAGACAGUGGCGAUAAAUAUCUUUGGUAUCAGUGACGUCACCGUUCAGAUAUACCUACACGACUACCCAAACAGAACGCGCACGUUCUCGCAAACGUCCGUUGUAACAACACAAGGUCAGACGGCGAAAGCACUGGUGCACGUGAGACCAUCCGACCUGCCGGACGAGCCGGACAGCCAGGGCUAUGUAUAUCUAGUAGCACGCUCGGAUGAUCCUCGCCUGAUUUUUGAAAAUGAGACUUUAAUACUGAUGGAGAGAAACACAGGAUUUGUGUUUGUACAAACAGACAAGCCGGUCUACACACCGCACCAGGAAGUAAAAAUCCGGGUGAUUACAUUAGAUGAAGAAAGAAAACCAUCAGCUUCACCCGUUACCAUUGACGUGAAGAAUCCACAAGGUGUAGUCCUACAGCGAUGGACUGAUUCCUACCAAGGCCGGUUCAUAUUGAAAAAGUUCCAAUUGUCAUCCAUUCCCUACUUUGGUAAAAACUGGACAGUUACGGCUAGGUACCAAGAUGGGGUAGAUACGAGUCACAGUGUCGAUUUUGAGGUGAGGGAAUACAUACUGCCUCGCUUUGAUGUGGACAUAGAUGUACAAGACUUGGAGAUAGUGCUGCCAUCUACAGAAUGGAUCAACGUUACCGUAUCCUCCAAGUACGUAUAUGGAAAGCCAGUGAUAGGGGGCGUGACUUUGACAUUCGGAAUCUUGGCAUCAGGACAACACGAAACCUGUUCAAAGACCUUCAACAAGCUUCUUGUGGACGGAAGGACCGACUUCGCUGUGAGUGUGGAUGAACUCAGAGAUAGUCUUGAAAGUUACUGGUUCCCAGACGGUGCCCGUUUGUUAAUAGAAGCCGGGGUAACUGACCUAUCCUCGGGCCGGAAGGAAACUGCCUACCACAGGAGCACAGCUUUCUCCUACUUCCGGUAUAUCAUCUCCGUAGAGAAAUCCCAGAAGUAUUUUAAACCUGGUCUACUGUACAGAUUACACGUGGAGACCUACUGGGUGAAUGGAAAGCGGAAUAAUGCCCCGAACGUGGACAUAGCUGUACAGAUAACUCGUUAUAAUGACGCUGGUGUCCUUCAUUCACUUAACCGGACAGAACAGACAGACGAGGACGGUACCUUUCAGUACCUCGUCAUCAUGGGCCACACUGAGACUCGGAUGGUUAUCAAGGUGACGGCGCUGGACACUGAGGUGGACGAGGACGAACAGGACGAGUCAGUGUUGGAAGUCUCACCACUGUACUCACCAUCCGAUAGCUAUCUGUCCAUUUGGACUAACUUGCAUGAAACAGAACUUAUGGUGGAUACCAUAUCCAGUGGUGACAACAACAAAUCUUUGUCGUAUUUGUUGAUGUCUGGAGGACGGAUUAUAGAUGCAGAGCAAUCUCAUGAAAUCUUCCAUCGCCCUGUCACUGGCAAGAUGUCCCCUGGGAUUCGCGUGCUGGUUUUCUAUACCGUCAACCAAACCGAAGGCGCUGAGGUUGUGGCAGACUCCACAUGGAUAGACAUCAAAGACAUGUGUGAAAAGGAGUUAGGCGUGUCCAAAGAAAAGGGGAGGCUGGAGCCAGGUGAUGGUGAUGGCUUAACCCUGCAGGUCAGCGGCGCACCAUCUAGUCUGAUCGGCUUCCUGGCUGUGGAUAGGGCAGUUUAUCUCCUGAACAACAAGCACGUGCUCAGGAGACACACGAUGUUCAAGCGGUUUGCAUCCCAUGACAUAGGAUGUGGUUACGGGGGUGGCCUGACACCAGCCCAAGUGUUUGAGGAUUCUGGUCUGACUGUUAUCACUAAUGCCGACCUUGACACAACACCCAGGGAAAAUACCGGAUGUAACAGAAAAAGACGCGGGAAGCGUUCCAUAGAUGAUUACGAAACUCUUCACACUCAUCCCUGCUGUGUGGCUGGCGACAUGUAUGGUAGGGAGGGGGUUGAGGAGUUAGACUGUUACACGGAGGGUAAGGUCGUGUACCACGCCACCAACAACACCAGCUGUGCAAAGAUCUUCUUCAGGUGCUGCAACAUCUACAGGCCGGCUGAUAUGACGGAUAUUUUCGAUUAUGGUCGUGUAAUCCGCCGAGGGACUGUCAAGUACACAUUUCGAGAUGUAGUUGUUGACCUUGAAAAUACACAAGUAAGGUCGUACUUCCCAGAGUCCUGGAUGUUUGAGGAAGACGAUUAUCUAGAUGAGAACGGACACCUGGAGAAGAACUUUGCAGUGCCGGAUUCGAUCACGACCCACAUCAUACAGGCCAUUACAUUGUCUGAUGACUACGGUAUGUGCAUCUCCAAGCCAGAGCGCUUGCAGGUAUUCCGCACGUUUUUUGUGGACCUUGAGUUUCCUUACAGUAUCGUCCGUCUGGAGCAGGCCGAGGUCCGAGCAACAAUUUACAACUACUCCCCUGAUAUGCUUCCUUGUUUUGUGUACAUCGUGACCCCCGAGGAGAUAUGUACUCCACGAUCUAAAAGUAAUUAUAUAAAGGUCGAAGUUCAUCCCAACAGUCCUGAACCAAUCAAAUUUCCGAUAGUGCCACUUAAGGCUGGAGAAUUCGACUUUGAAGUCAGAGUGUAUUCUAUCAACGGAACGAAUGAUGUUGUACGGAAAACAGUCUAUGUCAUUAAUGAAGGAAGAGAGGAGAAGAAAACAGUGUCAUUUUGGCUGGACCCUCAAGCUCACAGGGACAAGGUUGGAAGCACUGGAGAUCUGACUGUCAAUAUUAUGUACCCGUCGCCAUACCUUGAGAUACAGGAGGCAACCGUUGAUCUGACACUCCCGGAGAAGGCUAUUCCGGGGACGGGAAUGUGUAAAGUGUCUGCAAUGGGUAACAUCAUGGAUGCUACAGUACCUGUGGUACUAGAAGGCGCGAACGCCCUCCUCGAUAACGUCCCUCACGGUUGCGGCGAACAGACGAUGAUUCUCCUCGCUCCUGUUGUCUAUACGAUGAGGUACCUACAGAGAACAGGGCAGCUGAGAACAGGACUGGAGGACAGGGGAAAGAGCAGGCUCAGACUAGGUUACCAAAGAGAGAUGACUUUCAGAAAGAAUGAUGGGUCAUUCGCUGUUUGGGCACACCGGCCUUCCAGUACAUGGCUUACAGCGUUCGUAGUCAAGGUGCUGAGCGAAGCCUCCGAAUUUAUUGACAUCGAUUCUGAGGUGAUCUGUUCCGGUAUGCGAUGGUUGUUUAGACAUCAGCGAGGGGAUGGUGCCUUCAUGGAAAUUUUCCCUCUCUUCCACAAGGAAAUGAUGGGAGGCAUGAAUGGCGAAAUAUCCAUGACAGCCUAUGUAUUAAUAACACUUAUGGAGGCACAUUGCAGGCCGAUCGACACAGAGCAAAACAUCGUGCUUGCACUCCAAUACCUUGAGUCUCAUCUGGACUUUAUCGAUCAGACAUACCCCCUCGCUCUCACCGCAUACGCCCUUGCCCUUGGCAACAGUCCGAGGAAAAUGGAUGCUAUUAACUAUCUCAAAACAGCAUCAACCGAAGUCGACCAAGGGAAUGGUGGACAAGGCAUGCGGUACUGGUCUGUGAUCGACUUCAUGGGAGAGGUACCGCCUUGGAUGACACACGACCCGACAGCCAUGGACGUGGAAAUUACGGCGUACUCUGUUCUGGCUUUCCUGACAGUUAAUGAAGUCGGCUACGUUAAUAACGUCGUUGAGUGGCUUCUCACUCAAAAGACUUCUUCAGGGGCCUUUAAGUCCACACAGGACACCGUGGUUGGACUACAUGCGUUAUCUGAGUACAAUGUGAGGUCAUACGCCCUCAAAAUAGACCUCCACACAAAGAUCAAAGUAUCAACUGACGACGCCAUUGAACAUGACAUCGUUCUGUCAGAUGAUGACGUCAGUGUUCAGAAAGCUGUACAUGACAUACCCGUUGAAGGCAAAUUGAAAGUGACUACAGAAGGUACAGGUAUUGGUCGGAUGGAGGUCGAAGUUCGAUACAAUGUCAACACAACGGAAGAUGAGAGGUGCAAGUUUACCAUUGACGUGUACGAUUCGGAGGUGGAAUUCAACUAUUUCCAAAGCAAAGGACUCGCCACAGAUAUGAACUGCGAUGCCUGUGGUCACUGUGAACAAGAAUAUGAAGAGGACUUCGAAGAUGUCCUCGACAAGUAUAAUAAAAUUGAGCUUGAUCCAAGGAUAGGCGUCGACCAACCGAGACAAGACUCCCGAAAGAAAAGGGCCCCGUAUGUCAUGAGGAUGCAUGGAGCCAGUAAAGAGCAGACUUGUUUGGAAAUCUGUGUCAGCUAUACUGGUUAUGAGGUGUUGGACAUGCCGGUGGUAGACAUUGGACUGCCGACAGGGUUUAACGUGGAGAAAGGCGAUCUUGAAAUGCUGAGAGAGAAGGGGAUUGUUAAUAGCUACGAGUUAUCCAAAAGAUCUGUAAUAUUUUAUCUAGACCAGAUUCCUGCCACUGAUGAAACCUGCUUCAAAUUCAGAGUAGUCCGUGAAUUUGAGGUUGAGAAUUUGCAAGCUGCGAAAAUUGAGGUCUAUGAUUAUUACAAAACAGAGGAAAGAUGCACAAAGUUUUACAGCCUAAAGUAUGACGUUGCUAACCUAGAUAUUUUCUGUAGUACAAGUAAACGGGAAAACUGCCACUGUGUUGAAGGGAAGUGUGCAGAGAGCUGGGACACCAAGAUACGCUACGGCCGUGUGUCUAAGGUCAUGUCUGCUUUCUAUCGCAAAAUCUGCUUUGAGUUUGAUUUCGCCCUUCGGAUAGAAGUGUCUAACAUUGUUCAAAAAGGCAACCAUCUGGUUAUAGCAGCUGUUAUUAAAUCCGUUACGAAAGCAGGGGCCGAAGACUUAGCGGUCAAUGAUGAAAUCGAAUUCUGGAUGAACAUCCGAUGUAAUUUGCUACUGGAAAUUGAUCAUAAUUACAUUAUAUAUGGCAUGAAUGGUAUUCCAUACAUAGACCAACAUGGAGUCAAUAGGUACCGGUAUUUCCUGCAAGGCAACACCGUUAUUUUAAAAGACUACACGCUGAGAAGGUACAGUACCAGUACAAAGCUUGAACAGUGGAGACACAGCUUCCGUAGGAUGGAAAACUACAUCCAUCGCUGGGGCUGCUAACAAGGGCGAUAACUACAAAUAAACUGUAUGGAAUAUAAGAAAGACAUCAUAAAGGAUUAGUGAUAUUCCCUGGAGGACAGCUUUCGAAUUCGAGUUUUUGAGCAGUACAGAGGGUCAUCACAUACACUUUCUGUAAUGUGUUGUUAAACAUCAAAAUUAAACUUGAAGAUAAUAACCAGCCUUGAAACGAGAAAACAAUCUUGAAGUAUGUGUUACAAUGUGACAUUGUAUAUCUUAAUAACUUGCCUUCAAGUGAAUGAUUUUUAGAUCAAAUUAAAAUUUUCAAUAUUCAUAA